AUGACUGUUGUUCAACCGAAACCGAAACAGGAAGGACUAACAUUUGCACUGCAGGCAUUACUUGAUCGCCAUGAAUCCUAUAUGGCGGAGUCAGAGGAAGAGCGCAGUAAGAUGGCGGCCAGCUUGGAACAAUUGGAGGACGAUAAGAGGGUGCUAGAGGCCAGGAAUGCGAUAGUGACUCAGGAGAAUCAAGAUCUACUCCAUCAACUGGAGUGCAUGAAUUCCCAGAUCGCAGACUCCGAUGCGCAGAUCGAUUCGUUGAUGGCGACCUUGAGCUCGGCGCAAUACGAAAACAAGAGGCUAAUGGUUUUGGCUGCGAGGGCUGCAGAGCUGGAGGCAGAGAUGACUGCAAUGGAAGUCGAACAGUCUCGCCUCCGGGAAGAGCUGGUGGCCAGCCAACAGGAGGAGAGGUCUGCGAUACACCGAUGGGAGCAUGCUGAGACCACAUUGAGGGAUCUUAACGACCAGAUCCAGACGAUCGAAAGGGAGGCCCGCGAUGAGCGUGAGAAGCAUCUGGAGAUAUGUGGCCAGAUUGAGCGGAAGCGAGUCAUCGAGAAGGAAUUGGGGAGUGCAGCUGGGAGACUGAGAGGUGCAGCAGCAGCAAGCACGCUCGGCAGAGACAAGGAAGGAAUCAACGUUGUGUCGCAUUUUGUACGCGACAUUCUGCAAGAUAACGCAAAUCUACAGGCUGGCAUUGGCGAGCUUCGGGAAUUGCUACAGACAUCGAAUGAAGAGGUGCAGAACCUCAAAGAGCAGGUGCUACAACAUCAACCAGUCUCAAAAGAGCUCGAGCUACAAUCACCUUCUCUAAUGGACGAGAUUCAGCAGUGCCGGCCAGAAGCAGUUCCUCAAGAGCUACAUGUUCAUCAUCACUACCAUGCGAAGAUCACAGCGAAGAAGGAGAGGGUACCCAGCUUUCGUCGUCCGCCAAAGAGGCGAGGACUUACGUCUUCGAGCGCAAACUCGUCAGCAGGAUGUCAAACACCAGUUUCUCCAGACCGCAUCAGUACGAUGUCCAGGCCACAUCCUGGUAGCCAAAUCAACAGAUGGUCUACCCAAUCUACAGCUACAGAUGUCUCAAAUAUAUCCUCACUUCCCAACUCACCGUACUCACCAAAUCGAAGCUCCUCAAUAUUCGAUCGCAUCGAUUCCGGCUUCGAAUCUUCACGACCAACCAGCCCCGAAAGCGCUUGUUACGCAACUACACGAUUCCACUGCAAGCAGCAAAGACCUCAGUCUGCAGCAUUUACCGACUUGACCGAUGUUAGCGAAGAUGAACCACAGAGCACAAUCUCGGAAUUGGCUGGGAAAGGAAAGUCCCCUGGGGCGAGACCAAGGGUGCAGACCGGACACGUUGAUGCCAAUUUCGAGCAUGGCAAUGCAUGUAUAGGCUCAGACCCGCGGGGGCCACUAUCAUCGCGCGAGCAUCCACAACCGGAAACAGAUUCUCUAAUAUUAGAACUGGGGCCGGGGCCAGCGCACGAAAGCCGAGACACGUACACACUUAACGAUUUACUCUUUAAUUCGCCAGCACUUCGUCGCUCCAACUCACAGGAAAGCCUUGUCUCAAUAUCAGGAAUGGACAUCCAUCUUCCUCAAAAACGAGAUCCACGACCUUGCCUCCGUCCAAGGCUUUCGUCAACGGUUGGAGCUUCAGAUCCACUAAACUUUUCUGUUGCUUUUCCAUCGUCGCAACCACUGGCAAGCAUUGCUGAAGUGAAUGCCAGCUCCUCGAACCUUAAAUCAACAUCCACGACUGAGUCAGCCAGCCCUCUUUCACUACUCUCUGGUCUAGCCAGUGGCAGACCACAGAAGCCAGCAGCCAAAGGCCUUGGUCGAUUUGUAGGCAGCUGGGCACGAGGCAGAUGGGGUGUCGUUCCUGUGGCAUCAAUGGGGAACAUCCGAGUGGAAGCAAUUUCCGGUAACUCGUUUGGAAGGGGGCCGGGUAUAAAUCAGAAAGGCCCAAUUGUGGGGUUCAAGCCACCAGAUCGUACACCAAGUGAGGUGCAUGCCGAGAGGCUCGAUGAAGACUUGUUGAAAGAGUCUCUUGUGGAAUAG